AUGGGCCAAGAAGCUGCUGCACAAGAAGGAAAUCCUUUACUUCAAGACAGACAUAGAAAAGACAGCAAACGUUUGCAGGUGAUCGCCAGGAAAAAGUCUGGUCCUUUUCGAGGAGUGUUUUAUGGUCAGAUGAAACAAAAAUUGAACUAUUUGGACAUAAUCAUUAUUGUUAUAAGACAACCAAAUCUGUGUAACGAAAUUCGUGCUACAAUUGUGGACCAUGUAAUAAACCACGGACUAACACUGAGGGAGGCUGGACUGAGAGUACAGCCUAACCUAAGCAGGAACACAGUGGCAUCAAUAGUUCGGACAUUUCGUCAAGAGCACAGGAUUGAACGUCGAGAACACCAAGGAGGGAGGCGCCCUAUAUUCACACAGGAGCAAGAAAGAGAGAUCAUAAACCUCGUUUUGGCCAAUAAUGCAAUCAGACUUCGAGAAAUUCAAGCCCAUAUUGUCAAUGAUCACCAAAUUUUCAAUAAUGUCCUACAGGUCUCUCUGUCAACAAUAGGCCGUAUCCUUAAAAAACAUCAAGUUGUGAUGAAACAAUUGUAUAAAGUGCCAUUUGAAAGAAAUUCAAACAGGGUGAAAGUCCUGCGGCAUGAAUAUGUGGCGAGAGUUUUGCGAAUGGAUGCGGAAGAAGUCCCGCAUGAGUUUAUAUACAUUGAUGAAGCUGGAUUUAACCUGACAACAGUGAGAAGAAGGGAAGAAACAUCCUUGGCCACAGGGCUAUUGUCAAUGUACCAGGGCAACGUGGGGGUAACAUUACCCUUUGUGCUGCCAUUACACAGAAUGGGGUCCUUCACCGCCAUGCCAACUUGGGUCCUUACAACACUGACCUCAUUCUUACAUUUUUAGACCGAUUACACAAUAUUAUCACAGCAGCAAACCAAAGGGACCAGAUGCAAUACAUUGUCGUCUGGGACAAUGUGGCUUUCCAUCGUUCCACCCAGGUCCAAAACUGGUUUCAUCAACACCCACAAUUUACAGUUCACUACCUUCCACCAUACUCCCCCUUCCUAAACCCCAUCAAAGAGUUCUUUUCAGCAUGGCGGUGGAAGGUUUAUGAUCUCCGGCCCUAUGUCCAGAUGGCCCUCAUUCAAGCUAUGGAGGAAGCAUGUGAUCAAAUUGACGCAGCAUCCAUACAAGGGUGGAUUCGUCACUCCAAAAGA